ACAUCAGAAAGAGUACAUUCCAUCAGGGACCUACUAUCUCUAUAUGCGCAAUCUACUCUACAUACUGACAAGUCCUUUUUACAGAUGUCUUGGAUGCCGCUCCGUGGCUUGCACAGCCUCUCAACCUCCAAAGCGGGGUCAACACGACUAAUCACUCAUCAUUAACCCAAAGCUCUAAAUCCUCUCUAAUCCUCUGCUGGCGCAUCAUGUCGCGACUUUCGCAAGGCUUCUCGAAUCUAUCGCUAACGUCGAGCCUCAGUCGCGAAGCACAAGCAGAUCUAAAUCGGCAGCAUCAACGCUGGGGAGAUACAUUAGAUCGAGCUCGAGCUGGUAACCAAGCACAAGUUGGUCCACAUUUUCCUAUUAUCCUACCACCGGAUGACUCUGAAAAACAAUCGUGGAAAUGCUUGCAGUAUGAAGCUUUGCCAACCGAGACAUCGAUUCGUCUCAUACGCAUUCUUCCACUUCCCUCCCUACCGCACACUCUCACUGCACUCCAUGAUCCGAUUGUCUGCCAGAUAAUUACCGUUGAUCUGGCGGAUAAGCCUGCUUAUACUGCCCUGUCAUACUGCUGGGGAGAUCCACAGAAUCUGUUCCCAUUCCGUGACCUCCAUCGUCCGGCCAAAGCCUGGGCAGCUCCAGCGUUCGAGAUCCGGGUCCUCAACAAUGAGACAGAUUCGCAGCCGAUAUCUGUAAGCGCCAAUCUCUAUGCUGCUCUGCUUUCGCUUCGAUACUUGGUCACUGAGAAAGCGUUUGGUGUCAACGAUUAUACCGACGCCGCUGCGUGUCCGUGUGACAACUUUUGGAUCGAUGCCAUAUGCAUCGACCAGCUCAACAACACCGAGAAGACUUCUCAAGUAGCGAUGAUGCAUCGGAUAUAUAAACAAGCCACUAUGGUUAACGUCUGGCUAGGUGGCUCUGAUCCUGCGUCUGACAUAUUCGUACUCAUCAUGAACCGACUUGUUAAGUUGUUCAUUGCUCACAACCAACAGCCUGGCGAGCUUGCUAGCCUUCGCCACAUGCGAAUCGCAGACGAGGACAUGUAUAAGAAGCUCAACAAGACUGUUGAUGGAUAUUCCUUCGACUUCAGUCCCAUUACCACUGGAGAAUGGCUGUCGGUCUUUGCUUUCUUCUCCCGCUCGUGGUUCUCGAGGGCGUGGGUUGUCCAAGAGCUUGCAUUCGCAAACAAGGCAUUCGCACUAUGCGGAACAUCUUUACUCGACAUUGAUGAGCUAGUCAUCAUACAGAAUGGCCUACGCCAUACAAACUGGGGCACGCAACUUCAAGCCCUUGCCGUGUACUAUAUCGACCCCGAACCACAUAUCCACGAUGAGGUCAUGGAGCGCCGGUUGCCGAAGAGCAACGUCCCCCGGUUGUUCAGGCCAAGUGGCUCUACUUGGGGAGCUAUGGAUACUCUCGUUGAGAUCUUCAAUGUGGCGUUUGGCCUCGGCCGCACGAGUCAUUUCCUCUGGAAAGAAGGAGUUUGGGGCCAUGAGCGUCGUACAGAUUGUCAUCCGCACACAUUGAUGGAGGCCAUGGGAAUCUUCCACAACUCGAAGGCAACUGAUCCGCGAGACAAAGUGUUUGCAUUCUUUGGUGUGUCGGAGGAGUUUGUUGAUGGCGCAGUGGUAUCUGGAUUUGUUACAGUGAAAGCAGACUACAGCUAUACAGUGCGAGAGGUCUUUACACAGACGACUGUAUUUUGCUUACAUAUGAGAAACGGACUCGAGAUCUUAGAAAGAAAUGGCCCUCAGACUGAGGAGAAUGCCCAUAAUCUUCCGUCAUGGGUCCCAGACUUCUCCUCUCCCGCUCCUUUCAAUGGACGCAUGCCAUGGUCAGCAAUAGACGCAGGCAAGGCUGAGUUCAAGGUCAAUCUUCAACAAGGUAUCUUAAACAUUCGCGCCAUUCGUAUUGGCACAGUCACAUCCACGUUCAAGUAUGGGUCCGACGUUGAUUUAAUCUUACUCUCUGAGUUCCUAAAGCCCUUCUGUGCAGAACUGGCAUAUCCGGUGCCUUUCUGGGACGCCGCCAAUCGAGCCCAGUGGCAAAACUUGCGUUGGAAUUUACCGGCACCGAGGCCUAAAGGAAGUAUAGACAUCCAUUCGCGCUGGCAAGUCCUGUGGAGGACUCAAGUGCGAAACAAUACCAACCCACAUUAUCCUGCCGACGAAGCCGAGGCCACGAUGAUGCUCAGGUCCCUGGAGAAAUGCCUCUUGCAGGAGAUGUUGAAGUUUCUUGACUGGUACGGUCGAGAGUUGGAAGAGAACAAAGCGCGCCUCACUGCAGUCAUCGAUUUCAGUGGUCGGCGCACAACACCGCCACUUUCAAAGAUCCUAUACACCAACAUGCUGAACGAGACGUGGAAGGAGAGAAUGAAGCAGGAGUUUCCAGCCCGUGCAAAGACGAUGACCAAGAGCAUCGAAGCAUUACAACACAUCGUUGGAGACCUACGCAACGACGGCCAGUUCAAGUACAUACACGAAUUUCGCGCAGACGUUGCAAGUCAUACCGUUCGAAACCAGCAUCCCAUAAGCAGCAUAUUCAACUUUGUAGACAUCAUCAGCAGCAGGAUACAGACCAUCACCGGCGAGGGUCUUGACACGCGUCCUUCCAAGAUGCUGAUACAAACAUCGACUAAUCUCAUGGGCAACGCACCACUAGCAACCAAAGCGGGAGACGAGAUAUGGCUGAUACCAGGCCUCCGAUCGCCAGCUAUACUACGCAAGGCCGAAAAGUCCAUGCUCGAGCGCUUGCUGAGCAGAGGGCUUGAGUAUGACUUCGCAUUUCUCGGCGCAGCGUAUAUUCAUGGCAUCAUGCAUGGCGAGGCCACAGAGGGCGUCAAGGACGAGGAUUUCUGUGAGAUUCGUCUGAUCUGAAGCCCUGCUUAGCAUCAUUAGACACCUUCAUGCAGGUAGUCUCAGUCGGAGAGUGUAGUUUGAGCAGUAACCUUUGAACUGAAAGGUAAAACAGCAGAUUGAUUCCGCGAGAGAUGGACUUGGUACCGGCCUUGCAGCACAUAUCACACCAUUUCGUAACUCUCUUAUCGUCGUCGAUGCGGUGGAGCUUCUCGCCUGCUUUUAGGGGACUGGGUCGAUACCGGGGAGUCUCAGUUGAGAUGAUGUGGUAGAUCAUGGCAUGAAUGUCGUCACUUGGCAAUUGAGUCGCUAGCCCCAGAGGAAUCACGGCAGUUAUGUGACAUACUCCUUUUGGCGUUUCCGUUCAGGUAAACUGUUUUGCUUCCACUGAGAUCCGCGGUUCUUGGCAGGCACCACACUACCUUCAGGGCUACGUACGUCUACCUGUGGACGUUAUGAACGAAUUAUUGGCGCCAAGGAUCCU